CUGAAAUCUGGCAGCGUUAUAAACAGCUGAGUUUCUAAAAUAAAGUGAAAAAAAUAAAAACAACAACUUAUAAAAAUAUACAGAUUUCAUUAGAUUAAUAUAUUUCGUUCUCAUCACCAAAAUAAAAUCAUUUUAUUAACAACUACAAAUUUAUCACAACCGUAUUAUCUAUCACCUAAAACGAAAAUCAGACCUGGCUACAUAAUGAAUAUAAUGCGUAAUCUUAACCGGCUACAACAAAUUUCUCCGAAAUGGUUAUCACAUAGAUGUAUACAAACAUCAACAACCGUAAACACAAAAGAAAAACUUAUUUUAGAACCCUUAACAGAACGACAACUUAUACAAGUUAAGGGUGAUGAAGUUGUGCCAUUUCUACAGGGUCUCAUAACAAAUGAUAUUAAACAUUUACAUCCCUCUUCAAAUAAGGCCAUCUAUGCCAUGUUCCUAAAUAAAGCUGGACGUGUUAUGUAUGAUACCAUCUUGUACAGCACCUCAGAACCCACAAGGAUUCUUAUUGAUUGUGAUAAAAAUGUAGCGAAUGAAUUGCAACGUCAUUUAAGACUUUAUAGAGUAAGACGCAAAAUUGAUAUAGACUCCAUGGCUGAGGAAUACAAAGUAUGGCAAGCAUUUGAUUGCAAUGAGCAAACACAAAAUUUUGCUGCUGCCUUAAACCCCGAAGGAAUCAAUGAUUUAACCUUUAGCACAGAUCCUAGACUUAAACAAUUGGGCUUACGUUUGUUGACCACUAGUGAUAAAACUUUUUCCGAUCUUUCCCAACUAUUCAAACGUGAAGUAACAGCAGCUUCAGAGGACAACAAUUUCCGUACUCACAGAUAUACUCUAGGAGUAGCAGAGGGUGUAAUUGAUAUGCCUCCCGGCAAAUGUUUUCCCUUGGAGGCGAAUUGUGAUAUUUUAAAUGGUGUUAGUUUCCACAAAGGCUGCUAUAUAGGCCAAGAACUAACAGCCCGUGUCCAUCAUACCGGAAUGAUUCGCAAACGUCAUAUGCCAGUCAAGUUAACUGCUCCUCUGCCGGCAGACGCCUCCACCGCCACAGUUCACAAUGAAUCUGGAGCAAACUGUGGUACAAUUUAUGGCAGCACAGCCGGUCGUGCUCUUGGUCUAUUGCGUGUGGAAAAUGUUUUAAAAGCCAAGGAGUUAUUGGUCAAUGGUAGCGCCUGUUCUACAGAGAAACCUCAAUGGUGGCCCCAAGAAUUGCACUCAAAUGUAGCUAAAGAUAUACGCAAAGAUAUUUGAUAUCAAAUUAAGAAUGUCAAAGCCAAAGAUAAAAAAUAAAUCUGUUUUUGUUCCAUAGUUGUUAUUAAAAGAAAUAAAAA